AUCUACGAGACGCAAGAAUUUUAUUUCCCAAAUUAUUUUUUGAAAAUCUCGGCAUUUUUGCGGAAAGAUCUGGGCCUUUUCAAUUUCGUACUGUUUUCAGGAUUUCAGAGGUAUGGCUGAUGAGAAUUGUGAAAGCAGACUAUAUGUUGGCAAUCUUGACCAUAGAAUCACAGAGGCUCAUGUGUUAAGGGUGUUUUCUCCUUUUGGGAAGAUUGUAUCCGAGGAUUUUUUGUGGCACACCCGUGGCCCUAAACGUGGAGAACCACGUGGUUAUGCUUUUAUUGAGUACAGUACUAAAGAGGAAGCUCAACUAGCGAAGACAAAGAUGAAUGGGAGAUUGGCAUGUGGACGCCCUCUUGUUGUUCGAUUUGCUAGUGAGAAGUGCUCUGCUGAUGCAGCAGAUCCCCUUAAAACUUCCACUGAUUUGAAGAAUCUAAGCUCUGGAAGCAGCACAUCAGGUCAAGUGAACCGAAAUGCUAAGAUUGCAGCAAUUAAGAAUAAGCUGAAGUCUUUGGAAGAAGAAGGCUGCAGCAUGAAGAAACCAAAGCUUGCAGAGAGCACUUUUUCAAAGCUUGGGGACCAUUCUGAAAGAACCAAAGAUUGAAUGGUUGGUAGCAUUGGCUGAAGAUUUUUCUCAAGCAUGCUGUAAGUGAUUCUAGUUUUUGAAAUUGAGAAUCUCCAGUCUCAUUAUGUAAUUUUGUCGAAACUGUGUUCUUAUGACUGCAAUUUAGAGUUAGUAUAUACCUUUGCUGGAUAUUAUCUGCUUCUUUUAGGUACCGAUAUUGUUCACCAUAUAAAAGAAUAAUAUUAACUAAAAAAUAAAUGCAAAUAAAUACAACUCUUAAAUUUUAUCAGCAUGCAUUAGCCUCCAUCAAAUGAUCGCUAUGCCUAAUCUUCUGUAGAUUCAGAAUCAUCUUGCUCACUGGUAAUUUCAUAUGCUCGCUUCAGUAACAUAUCCAUGUAAUGGUCAUAUGCUUCCCUUUUCACAUCUAUGUGCAUUUCCACCUGCCAUCAUUUAGAAUAAUAAUCAUUACAAUCAAGUUCUGAUUGAAACAGAUAGCUAAAGGCCAACAAAUAUAUCGUAAAAAUCCUCGAGUCUCUACUUGAAGAUUCAGAAGUUAAAUUGCAUGUUGCAAGGGAAACUGCAUCCCUAAGUAUGUUUAAACAUGCUAGAGGUGCAGUGAUAAUCUUUGAUGUGCAAGCUAAUAAGCUGGUGCCUCAGUGAAACGUUGUUAAUAGGUAGCUAUUAUUAUGUUAGGAGGUCAGACUUUAUAUGCACAUAGUGAGUUAGCAUACCCAUCAGAUUAACAGUUAUUAUCAGCUGGUUAUAGUAGCAUAUUAUUAGUACAAACUCAAAAGAGAAUUGUUAAACCAUCUGAUAUACAACAGGGUCACGAUCAUACGCACAACACAACAAAUGAUUACUGAAACUUUGAGAAACUGCGAAAAGGGAGCAGUACCAUUUAGAGAAAAAAGAACAAUGGUUACUGAACUUAUGGCAAUGAUUCUUAUGAAACCUACCUCUGAUUUCUGCCUUUGGCAUUCCAUCUCAAUUCCUUCAUCCCCGUCGUGAUAGUAAUCGCGUUCAUAAGAAUCAUCCUCCAUUACUGUGCUGAUAGUUCUCAAAAUUUCCAAGUCUCUCUCUCUCUCUCUCUCUCUCUCUGAUGUUAACCACAAUGCUCACUAAUCAAACAUUAUCUCUAUAUUUAUAGGCUAAUCUACGUUUUAAUCUUACCAUUAAAUGUUCAAGUGCUCCAAAAAUCCCGGCUUUGGCCUGCACAAAAAGGACUGAAUCAUUCUCAUAGUUCAGGCAUCAAAUGAGGAUAAAUACUACGAAAGAUCCUUCCUUGAUUUGCAAAUUGUGCCUCAAAUCUCAUUGGUUUUCUUUGAAUGCCAAAUUGCAGCACCAGAGAACUAAUCACCUUCAUCUAUCAUUCAUCGGCUUAUAGAGAUAUUUGGAGUGAUCAUAAAAAACAUAGUUAAGAGUCAAGAUUUUGCCCCAUAUCAUAAACUAUUGCAUGUCAUAUUUCUAAUUAUGGUCAUGUAAUUGUUUGGUUUGCACUUUUACCUGAUUAUUUUAUACUGGAUUUUGUGUAGAGGGUCCUACUUGUUGAUAUACGCACAAAAUUGUUUCCCUGGCAGUGACCAGGUCACGAGGUGAAGUUGUUUUGUAGCUAACAUUAAAAAGCAUUUUGUUAGAGAAAAUUAUGUAUAAAUGAGAGCUAACAGACCAGCUACGUAACAAAAUAUUAAUACUAGAAUAAUUGGGGAAGACCAAAUCAUGAAGUUGAUUUCAUAUUAUGAAGAACUUGACAGCUAAUA